CCCCGCCCCCCGCCGGGCCCUGCCCCCCGCCGCCGUUGCUAGGCAACGGCCGCUGCGUUCCCAGUGUGCUUAGCGCUGCAUUUCACCGGGCCGCUGACGGGGGUGUGCUUGUCGCCGUCGGGUGUGCGCGCCCCGGACAUGGACGCAGAUGAUACAGGGAAUCGACUUCGAUUCCAGUUGGAGCUGGAGUUUGUUCAAUGUCUGGCAAAUCCAAAUUACCUCAACUUUCUCGCACAAAGAGGCUACUUCAAAGAUAAAGCUUUUGUAAAUUAUCUUAAAUAUUUACUUUAUUGGAAAGAACCUGAAUAUGCAAAAUACCUGAAGUAUCCUCAAUGUUUGCAUAUGCUAGAGCUGCUCCAGUAUGAACAUUUCCGCAAAGAACUGGUCAAUGCUCAGUGUGCCAAAUUUAUUGAUGAGCAACAGAUCCUCCACUGGCAGCACUAUUCCAGGAAAAGGAUGCGCCUCCAGCAGGCACUGGCUGAGCAGCAGCAACAAAACAACACCUCUGUAAAAUGAAGUACAUUUGGAGUGUACUAGUGGAGUAGUGAUGAUAAGGUGUACUUUGUGUUAGUGAAGUAUUUACAGGAGAGGAAUGAACCCUUAUGCAACUUUGGCUCUGGAUGUGUGUCCCUUUCAUUUGAAUGUUUCAAGUGACUGGUGUUGUUUUUGUUUCAUCUAUUCUUUUGAAGACUAAUAAACACCUGCAAUUUAUUUUA